UUUAGGUUUUUCAACUUUAUGGACAACGAAGGCGAUAGCACAAAGGGACAUCUUCUACCAUUCAAAGUUUCGAAGGAUGAAAUUGAUUUCGUUUUUAAAGCGUAUGUGAUUAUAACUAUGACAUGGUUAUGGACGGGGUUCACUCUAACGGUUCGCUAUACGAGGACAACCGUACCGAAGAAUGAGCUUUACGCAUCUUCGACUGUCGUUUUAAUGGCAGAAAUUACAAAAACCAUAAUUUCAUUGCUAAUGCUGUUGAAGGAGAGCCGUUUCAUAUUUCGGGAUUUCUAUUCGUGUAUCCGGAAGUACUACUUAGAUGCUCCGAAUGAACUGUUCAAGAUGAGUGUGCCAUCGAUAGCCUAUGCUAUUCAGAAUAACCUUGACUUUGUUGCUCUCACAAAUUUAGACGCUGGCUUGUACCAGGUUACGACGCAGUUAAAAGUGGUCACUACAGCUAUAUUCAUGAUGAUUUUUCUUGGUCGAAGAUUCUCCAAAAUAAGGUGGAUAGCAAUUAUUCUACUUUUUCUUGGGGUCGCAUCUGUACAGGUUAUUACUGCAUUCAAGCUCAACAACAUUGAAGUUGGGAAACAAAAUAGUGGAGGUAAUUAUGUCGUUGGAAUGAUAGCUGUCUUAGCUACUUGCGUGACUGCUGGAUUUGCAGGUGUGUAUUUCGAAAUGAUGUUGAAAGGAGGUGGAACUACUCCAUUUUGGAUGCGAAAUCUUCAGAUGUACAGUUGUGGUGUGGUGAGUUCUUUUAUUGGUUGUUUGUUUUCUGAAGGCGACUUAGUCGCUGAACGAGGAUUCUUUUAUGGGUACGACCUGAAGGUCUGCACUAUUGUUGGGUUCUUGUCCUUCGGUGGGACAUACAUAUCGUUGGUAAUGAAGUAUUUGGACAAUCUUCACAAGAGUUUCGCGUCUGCCGUUUCUAUUAUUUUGGUUGUUAUUUUGUCAUAUCUCCUUUUCAAUAACGUGUUUAUGGGUGUCUAUUUUAUGGGUGGUACUGCCUUAGUCAUAUUUUCAAUCCUGCUCUAUAAUUCGGUUCCAGAAUAG